AAUGAUGCAGGGGAUAGAGUCACACCAGCCAUCGUUGCUUUCUCGGAAAAUGAACAGGUGGUUGGACUGGCAGCAAAACAAAGUAGAAUAAGAAAUAUGUCAAGCACAGUAGUGAAAGUAAAGCAGACCCUUGGCAGAAGCCAGAAGUGUGUUCCUCAGACCUGGCUUCCCAGCAAUUAUCCCUGAGAGGAAAGAACGUGCUGGCUCCUGGAAAUAUGCUGAAAGCAGACAAAACUUACCCACGCCUGCACAAUUGUACCCUGCUGCCCAAGAACUUGCUUCAGUAGCCUUCUUUCCCAGCCCAGUAUGGCCACCACCAAUAGCAGUGCGGGCAUCCGUUGGUCCAGACAGGAGACACGAACUCUUCUCUCCAUACUAGGCGAGGCAGAGUACAUCCAACGCCUCCAGACUAUGCAUCAUAAUGCAGAUGUCUAUCAGGCUGUGUCUAAGCGGAUGCAGCAGGAAGGCUUCCGCCGCACCGAACGCCAGUGCCGCUCCAAGUUUAAAGUUCUGAAGGCAUUGUAUUUAAAGGCCUAUGUUGCCCAUGCCACAAGUAUGGGGGAUCCACCACACUGUCCAUUUUACGAUACUCUGGAUCAGCUUCUUCGAAAUCAGAUAGUGACUGACCCAGACAACCUAACGGAGGCUGCUGCUUGGGCCAAGCACUGUGAUCAGAAUUUAGUGGCCUCUAACACCCCAGGGGAAGAGGGAACCAACAUGCGGAAAGUGAAAAGGAUUCAGGCAGCUGGUCAUCAGCAUGUUUUGCAAACAGUUAAGGAAUCAGAUGAAGAUUGUCAGCUGAGAAUCAGUGACCGGAUUCGAGAAGCCAGUGAUCUUGAGGACUCCUGGGAUGACUCCUCGGUUGCAGGGUGCUCUCAAGGGACCCCCAGCUACAGCAGCUCCCACCACCUUUUCAGAGGUGCAGUUGCUCCCUGUCAGAGCAGCCCCAUGACCAGACUGGGUAUGUCGGGGGAAUCCAGUCCCUGCACCAACACCAACCGAAAUCCUCUUGGGGCAGCCUCCACAUCACAACCUCCAGGCUCCUCUUCCAGAGUUGCUUUUCUCUCUGGUGGGGAUAGACUUCUGACCAGUGAGCCCCCUCCACGGUGGGCAAGGCGAAGAAGGCGCUCGGUGGCCAGGACCAUUGCGGCCGAAUUGGCAGAAAACAGGAGGUUGGCACGAGAACUCUCCAAGAAAGAGGAAGAGAAGCUGGACAGGCUGAUUGCUAUUGGUGAAGAGGCCAGUGCCCAACAAGACACUGCUAAUGAGCUGCGCAGGGAUGCUGUCAUCGCCGUCAGACGCCUAGCAACAGCAGUAGAAGAAGCAACUGGUGCUUUCCAACUAGGGCUUGAGAAGUUGCUUCAGAGAUUGAUUUCAAAUACCAAAAGCUAGGAAUUGGUGGAAUGGCUAUAUUUCCCAGACUGGCACAAGUCUGUUUCUAACAAGUACCUUCUGGAACUCUGGCUCUUUUCUGUGUCUUCAGGAAAAAAGAGUAGAUGAACUGUUAGUAUGCAGAACAGUAGCGAGUUCCUUUCCCUAAGUUCUCCACUAAUGGAAAGGCCAUUGAGGGAUGGAAGGGUGGCCUGGCAGAAACUAGAAGGAAUAAAUCAAUAGCUAGCUUGUCCUGGCUUCCUCACCAGUGUGAGGCAAUCUUCUUUACUUCGACAGCAGUCUCCUCAUCUGUGGAGGGGAUCAGUGGUCAUUCCUGCCCUGCCUACCUCACAGGGUUGUUGUGAGGAUCAAGUGGCUUAUAGAUGUGAAAGCAUUUUAAAGCACUAUACACAUGUCAGUUACUAAUGCAUUCGCCCUUAGCUAAGGUGAGGCUGGGGUAAGCAUGUUCAUUUACAACAUACAGAAGUGUAGUGGUGGCCCAUGACCCCAUUGCUUGAAUCUUUAUUAGUUUAAUUUGUCUUCCUCUUAGAUUGAGAGCUUAAGUUCUGAACCUUUCUGUGGUCACUAGUCUAGGUCCAGUUGUAUUUGUGUCCUUGUGGCUUACAUGUUCACUUCUGUGUCUCUGACAUACCUACUAGCAAGCACUUUUCUUAGUCAAACCAGUGUCUCCUUCAUUUUACUAGUUUCCGUUCUUUAUAGAGGUAAGGGUCUAAUUGGGCACUGUGGGAGGUAAACAUUUCGUAUUGGUACACUUUAUAUGGUAAAAUAGUGACUGUUUUAUAAAGUAGAAAGUGUAAGUAAAUUCUAUGCAUUUCGUAUUAUUUGAGCCCCUUUAGAUGCAUAAGUUGUAUGUUUACAUUUGUGGUUGCCAUGGUAACAACCUGGCCUUUGUCCAUUUCCAAUCUGCUUGUGGCUAAUGGCACUUGUCUCUAUUAGCUGGUGUUGGGUUUGGGCCCUGACAUGUUAUUGAGGGCAAGUCUAGAUCCAGAGUAGCUGGUUUUUUUGUUUUUUUUUUGUUUUUUUCUAAGUGAUAUAAACAAGAGUUCAUAGGACUAAUGGGUAUGGUGGAAGACAGCAGCUCUGUUUACCCUUUAGUUUUGAGAAUGUUGGGAGGUGAUAAAGGCUGCUUCCCAGAGAACUCUCUAAGCCCAGCGCUCACCCAGAAAUACAUCCCUGAGGGGAGGUGGUGACAACUACCUGCAGUGUUAUUGGCCUUCAUUCAACUGGUUCUAGUGGAUUUUGUAGUACUUUAGAAAACACAGUAAGAAUCUUAGGGGUUUAAAUGCCCUUCUGCAAUUAGGAAGCUUGGGAGAAAAUUAGCAGGUACAUUGAGAGGUUUUGUUGUGGGGGUUGCAGUCAGUUGCUUACUUGGAAGCUGGAAAUAUAAAUUUGUAAAGAAAAGGACAAAACAAUGGUAGGGCCUCCCAGUAACCAUGAAUAGGUGGCAAAGAGCAAGCUGCAGUAAGAUUGAACACUGGCUACAUGAGUAUUAUGUGUUGUGGAAGUCACUGGAAUCUGGUUAGGACUCCUGGACUCCAGUGCUGUCACAGUUGUUUUCAUUGGGUGAACCACUUACCCUUUUUGUGCCUCAAUUUUUUUUAAUCUCUUAAGUUGAGGAAUUUCUAUUAGAUAAUUUUUAUAGUAAAUUUCAAUUCUAGAAUUUUAAAUAACAUGGUAAAGGUAAAAAUGGAGGUGAGCUAUUUAUAAUAUUUUCAGUCAGCAGCUAUUAAUGUAUGUUUGAAAUACUGUUUAUGAUUGUAUUUAAGGACACUCACUAUGGUAUUGAUGUUUCUUGAUGUUCGAAUGAAAGUUCUGAGCAUCAUACUGAAUAUCCGUAGAUGCCUUUCUUUCACUGAAGUGGGUAUAUAAGUGUAUGUUGUCUCUUGUUUGAGGCCAUGAUGUGGAAAGGUGCAUAUCUGUUGUAACCAAAUAAAACUAAUACUGAUAGAUAAUAAGUUUUCUGGAAAGAAAACCAAAAGAAAACAAAGCAGAGAAGUACUUUAAGGAGACUUAGACCUGUGCAAUAUUAAUCUAACGGUGACAGUAUGUAGGUGGGCAUCUGUUUGAUACGGGAGAAAUGGUAAGGAACAGAGUGGAGUUAAAUUUGAGGUAUUUUGAAAACCUUAAUGGGCAGAGUAACCCAAAGAAGGGAAUAAAACUCACGGUCCUGAGGAGUUAGCAGGAAAACAUGCAAACUACUAAAGGAGACAGUGCGGUGGUGGAGGCCAUGUGCAAGAAAGAGGCCUGAGCUGCAGCCUACCCAUUACCUCCUCCAGCAAGCCUUUCGCCAUUCUGUAACUCAGGUUCUUCAUCUAACGAGGGACCUAACAAUUGUCCGUCCUACCUACCUCACAGGGAUGUUGUGAGGGUCCAGCACACAGAUGAAUGCACAUUUAGAUGUGUAGGUACUGGAAUGUACCAGGAGUGGAGAAGGAGACUCCACAGCACUUCGUGUCGUGCUGGUGUUGGCAAAUCCAGGGGUCCUGAUAACUCUAAGAGAUGCUUGAGAAAGUGGACAUGGCAAUGCUGGAAAAAAGUUGUGAUGUAGGAUCAACACUUCCUGAAGGCCACAAUGUGAAUGAGGUGCUGUCUAUGCCAGCCUCCCACCACCUUUGUUUUUCUGUUACCUAACUUAAUCCUGGUGUGAACAAAUAAAAGUUUUGACUUGUGUGGA